AGUACCAUUUUGGUCCCUCAACUUUUCACCUUGGUACCAAAAUUGUCCCUCACCUUUAAAAAGUACCAAAAUUAUCCUCAGACUUUCAUUUUCGGUACCAAAAUGGUCCUUCCGUUCUUCAAGGAACCCAGGAACGCAGUUCUGGGUUCCUGGGUUCCUCGAAGAACCUGGGUUCCUCGAUCUGGGUUUCGUGGGUUCCAGAUCGUGAGGAACCCAGUUCUGGGUUCCUGGGUUCCUCGAUCUGGGUUUCGUGAGGAACCCAGAUCAGAAACCCAGAUCUGGGUUCCUCAGGGAACCCAGGAACCCAAAACUGAGUUCCUCAAGGAACUGGGUUCCUCAAAAAACCUAGCACCGGGUUACGUUCUGCCACCCAACACCGGGUUGGGUUCCUCGCGAAACCCAAAUUUGGGUUUCGCGAAGAACCAAGAUGAACAAGAGGAAAACCCAGCAUCGGGUUCCAUGAGGAACCAAGAUGAUGAAGAGGAAAAGGAUGGUGAAGAGAAUGGUGAAGAAGAUAAACGGUGAGAUGAUGAUGCCGAGGUUAGGCUGAGGAUGAGGAGAAAGUAGAAGAUGAUGAAAUGAAAGUUAAUUAACUUA